ACCAUGUACAGAUGCGCGGUCGCCACCUCACUGGCCAUUGUCGUGCUCACAACUCUCUGCUGGGGGGACUCUCGCAUACAGCGCCUACCUACCACCGUCUGGCCGACACAGUACACGCUCUCGGUGCUCACGGACCUACACGGUACCAACUUUACCGGAAAUGUGACGAUAGACGCGGAGGUGCGUGAAACCACCAGGAACAUAACAUUACAUGCCAAAGGUCUAAUUCUGGGCCCUGCAACUAUCAUCAAAGAGGACAAUGAUUCCUCAAUUGAGAUUUCCGGACAGGAGACUAAGGGGCCAUUGGUCACAUUUCUUGUCAGCUCAUCUCUCCAACCUGGAGACCGAGUGACCUUUAGGAUACCUUUCUCUGGCCGUCUCAAUCCAUCCAGGCAAAGAGGCUACUAUAGGAUCAAGACCGGCAACCAGGAUACUGACUGGAUGUCGGGCACUGUUUUUGAGUUCAACCAUGCCCGAGAAGCGUUUCCAUGUUUCGACGAGCCAGAGUUCAAAUCUAAAUUUCGUAUCAGCCUGAUCCACCACCAGAACCACACAGCGCUGUCUAACAUGCCUGUCGUCAGCUCUCACAGUUUUGAGAACAAAGGUGACUGGGUGGUGGACCAUUUCGACAACACACCAAUGCUGUCAUCUUAUCUUGUGGCCUACCACCUACUGAAAUCUGGCUUCCGGGAGACUCAGACAGAGGAUGGACGGCCGCUGAGGGUGUGGGCUUCUACCAAGCAGUUGCGCUGGGUCAAUGACUCUCUGGACUUGGCCCCUCGAGCUCUCUCCCACCUGGAGAAGCUCACGGGUCUGUCAGACCCUCUACCCAAGCAAGACCUCGUCGUCGUGCCUCGGUUUCAAGGAGCUUUGGAGAACUGGGGUGUCAUGUCAUUUAUGCCUUCAGGACUAAUCUACCGUCCUGGCAAAGAUGGAAGCAUGUUACAAAGAGUGUUGAGCACGAAGUUAGUGACCCACGAAUUGUCCCACACGUGGUUCGGUAACCUGGUCACGCCGCAGUGGUGGGACAGCUUGUGGUUGUCGGAGGGCGCGGCAACGUUCUUCACAUCUUUGAUCAUCGACCAGAUGGAGCCAGAAUGGGAACAGUUUAAUAGCGAUACUGAAGAGCACCUGACGACAACUUUCUUCUCCAACGCCGUAUCUUCACCGGGAUAUGCCCUCAACCACCCCGUGGAAUGGGCCAAAGAUUUACGUACUGUCAGCUCUGCACCUUACUUCAAAGGAUUCUCUUUGAUCCGAAUGCUGUACUUUUCUCUUGGAAAGGAAAAGUUCCAGGAAGGUAUCCAACGCUACUUGUCAGAACUCCAGUACAAAACUACGACCCCUCAAUUGUUCUAUCAAGCCAUGCAGUACAGUUACGAGGGGCAGGAGCUUUCCAAACUGAUGGACUCUUGGACUUAUCGCUCUGGACUACCAGUUGUAUUUGUUAACCGAUCAGAAGGACAACUUAUUUUGAGUCAGGAACGUUUCUACAUGGCUCUCUACCAGUCUGAGGAAAAACUUAAGACCAUGGAAAAGACACAGUGGUGGAUUCCUGUUAGUUACACCUCUAACAGUGAGAAAAGCUUUGGAGAUCCUAAGCCAAAGUUUUGGUUCAAUGAUGAAAACAAAACCCUAGAAGACCCAGCCAAACCAGAGGACUGGUUACUUCUAAAUGUGCAAGCAGCAGGCACUUACCAUGUCCGCUACGACAAGGCCAACCUUGAACUGAUCAAGAAUGCAUUGAGAAACUCUUCUCUGGACGAUAUUCCUCCACUUAACAGAUUCCAGCUGGUCUUGGACUACGGCAUGUUUGGCUUGGCUGGCUUGGAGCCUCUGGACGAGGUGUUAGACCUAAUGGACUAUUUAGGGAGAGAGCAACACUUCGCUCCUUGGGCAGCUGGUAUCAGAAUAUUUUGGAGAAUGGAUCAGAGGUUACGCAACACCCAAGCAGGUUUUAGACUUAAGGACCGAGUACGUGAGCUGCUCGCUCCAGAGUUUGAGAGGGUGGGUGUACGCAACCGCAAGAAUGACAGUGUACCUCUAGUUCGACACCGUAACCAAAUUGUGCAGCAAGCAUGUCUCUACCAGCUGCCUGACUGUGUACUCCGAGCUGGCAGAUUAUUCCAGAAAUGGAUGGAACAACAGCAACCAGAUAAGAUCAACCCGAUACCUCAAGAUCUCCGAUUCAGCGUAUACUGCACUGGAUUAAGGUUUCAUGGAAUAAAGCAUUUCCAGUUCCUCCAAGAGCGAGCAUUGGCGUCUCGUGAUCCAGUCAAUAGAGACAUUAUGUUCACAGCUUUGGGCUGUAGUGACAAGUAUCAUCUGCUUUACGGCUUUAUGGAGAAUUACUUAGCGAAUUCCACUACUACAAAGCGUGACUUUACAAAACUCCUUCAAGGUCUUGUUCAAUACAACAAUGACAUUUCUCCUGUCUUGGAUUUUAUGGAGAGUUCAAUGGUGAAGCUAAAGUCAGUAUCUAAAAGGAAGCUGAGGUGGAACCAGACCAUGUUGAAAGAUCUCUCUCAGCAAAUAUUUACCCAACAACAACUCAAUCAGCUAAAGAAUAUGAUGAAUCUAAGCAAAGGCUUGACACCUGCAGAUUUGGAUGGUAUGGAGCAAACAGUGGAGCACAACUUUAGGUGGAGAGAGAAAUACAAAAACAUAUGAUUUGAAAUCAAAAUGUUUUGAUGUUGUUAUAAUUUUA